UUCCGCUCUCCAUUCCCGCUCUCGCUUCCUCCUCCUACGACUUCAUCUCCGAUGAGCUCUCCGCCGAAAAUCGCCGGCGAUGAGAUGAUCACCGUCGGCUUCGACAUCGGCAACGGCACUUGCACAAUCUCCUCCGUACGACAAGGCUUCGUUGACAUCCUCCUCAUCGAUGAGCCCACUCUCAUCUCUUUCUCCGACAAGCAGCGUUUCAUCGGCUCCUCCGCCUCUUCUCUCCUCUACCCCUCCUCCACCUUCUCCGACAUCAAGGAUCUUCUCCUCUCCCAACCCCGGAGCCAACAUCGUGUUUCGUUUCUCAAGAAAGAAAUCACUCUUACCCCUGUUCAUCUUCUUGGGAUGUUGCUCUCUCGUCUAAAGCUCAUCGCCGAACGAUCACUAGGAGUCCCUGUCUCCGAUUGCGUCAUCUCCUUGCCCUCCUAUGCCGAUCAAUUUGGGCGUCGAGCUUAUCUCCAAGCGGCUAAGAUCGCAGGCUUGAAACCUCUUCGUCUGAUCCAUGACACGACGGCGACGGCGUUGGGAUACGGCAUCUACAAGACCGACUUCUCCGACGGCGAGAUCCUUGUCGUAUUCGUCGAUGUUGGCCAUUGCGACACCCAAGUCUCCGUCGUAGCCUUCGACAGUGGUGGUUUGCGUGUGCUCUCGCACACUGCCGAUCGCCGGCUCGGUGGGCGUGAUUUUGAUGAGAUUGCUUUCAAGUAUUUUAGCAAACAGUUUAAGGACAAGUACAAGAUCGAUGUUUCUUCGAAUGCGAAGGCUAGCAUUCAGUUGAAGGCAGAGUGCGAAAAGGUGAAGAAGGGCUUGCGCGCGUUCAUGAAUGUAUCGAUAGGCAUUGAACUCUUGAUGGACGACAAGCACCUGAAAGGGUUUAUCACGGGAGAGGAAUUCGAGAGGCUGGCAUAUGGGUUGCUGGAGAAGGUGCUGUUCCAGUGCAGGAAUGCUCUGUCAUACGCCCGCGUCGGGAUCCAUCAAGUGCAAUCUGUGGAGCUUGUUGGUUCUGCGUCAGGGAUCCCGGCGAUCACGAGGACUUUGUCUUUGUUCUUCGGCAAGAAAAUAAGCCGAACGCUCAACGCGAGCGAAUGUGUCGCCCGUGGUUGCGCGCUUCAGUGCGCCAUGCUUACCCCUGGGUUCAAAAUCAAGAACUAUCAGGUGCGUGACUGGUUGCCUCACUCUGUAGGUUUUGUGUUGGACUCUUUCUGGAUUCACAAGAAGUCACUGGUGCCCAAAGGAGAACUUUUUCCAACUGUUAAAGUUGUCAAUGUUCCUGUCCGAGGAGGCAUCUCCCAUUUGUUUGCGUCUUCCACUCACACUGAUGAGAAAGGACAGCCACUUGAUGGUUCUCAGAUAAUUGAUACAUUCUUUUCUGGCCCCGAUUCGGACGCCUCUUGGUAAGAAUGCAAUGGUCACAGUUAAAAUUCUUGUAGAUCUUCAUGGAAUUGUUUUUUUGGGCACACCAGCUUUCAGUAAGUGCAACUGUGAUUAUUACUUUUUAGAGGGGGUUUUAGCCCCAGUUUGUUAUUAAUAAGAAAAACUCUGAAUUGGCAUUCCUCAACUCAUUAGUGGUAUGCA